AUGGCCAGCCCCGCAGGACAACGCCCGGCAUCUUCUAGCUCGUCCUCGUCUUCGCCGCGAAGCCGGAUGAUGCAGCAUGCAAACGACCACCCCGCCGUAGUUCCUCACCUGGACGAGGUUGCUUUUGCGGAGUUGGAAGUGAAGGUGCGGAAGAUGGUUCUGGAAGUUUUGCAGCCGACUGUCGCGAAGAACAAGUCCUACGAGCAGGAGAUAGUCAAUCUGAAAAAGCAGCAAAUAUCGCAGAAGGAAGAAAUUCUCUCCCUCCGCGACGAGACGAAGCAAUCCACGCAGAAGUGUUACGCGAUCGACCAGUUUCGGGAAGAAUUGGUCCAGGCGGAGAAGGAGCGGAGAGAGCACCAGGAGUUUAUGCGAGGGAAUAUUCGGCUGAUCGACGACAAGGUCAGGAACAACAAAAUCCAGUGUGAGCAACAAAACUCGUUAAUUCAACAGCUCCAGAGACGGACCGAAGCCAUCGAGGAGUCGGUGAAGGACUUGCAGGGAAGAUUUGAACUGUUGAAAGCGCAAUUGACCAACGAACUGGUGCAGAAGGGGAAGGAAAUCACGGACACAAAAGCGGACAUCGAAUUGAAGUUCGCGAGAAGCGAAUACUCGAUUGCGAAAACGGUGGACCAGGUGUUUGAGCAGGAGCGGCAGUUGGGAAAAUUGUUGUUUCGCCUGGAGAAGGAGGAAAAUUAUUCCAAAAGCUUGAGUGGGAAGUUGGCAGAGCUGGGCGAAAAAGCGGUUUUCAGACUCGAAGUCGAGAAGAAGCUCAGCGUCAUGCAGAAAAGAAUUGACGAAGGUAUAGAAAUAAACUACUUGGCGCAGGAGCUUGUUGAAUAAAAAACAAAAUAAACCUUAACCUAUAGUAUCAAAUAAUGUGUUUUGCUUGUAUGCAUGUAGAAGAAAUAAAGCAGCCCAUGAUGCGAACGGGAAGAUGAAGAGAACGCAUAAAACAUCCCAACUUUUAAUUCUAUCAGCCCGCGCCGACACCGCGGAGGUGCAGCGAUUGAUCACGGAUACUUCGGAAAAUCUGAAAAAACACUUCGAGACGGCGUCCAACGUGAUUGCGGUGAACACGAACGCGAGUAUCAAGGACGCGAGGGAGGAGUUUUCCCGGAAAUUGUCAGAGAACAAGGAUGCGCAGAAAAACAUUGUGGACGCCGUGGAAAAAUUGGAGGAGAUGGACAUCGACCGCAAGGUGGCCGAGCUGCGCGCGGACAUCGACCGCGAAGUGGAAGUGGUACGCGAGGAUUUGAUCGCACGUGACCGGCGGUGGAAGAGGGACUUGGCGGAUGCGAGGGUCUGUUGGUUGUUUUGGAAAUAAUGGUUGUUUGCUGGGCAGUGACUGCAAUGUUGAGAAUAGCACAAGGAAGCUGCACUGGUCCUCUGUCUUGUUACGUCAUGUUCCGCAUGAUUUCACCAAACAAACACUGAAACAGAUCGAGCGCACCCACCUCGGCAAGGCCGUGACAAAGGCUAUGUCGGCAAGCGGUUUGCUGCAAGAAAACCAGGACCGUAUUUCCCGUGCGUUGGAGCUGGUUUUCGAUGCCGCGGACUGCUUGUCUCAGCUGUUGGUCCAAGAUGAGACGGAUAAGGAGGGGUUAAGCUUAGUCGGCUUUCGCGAUAAAAAUAAUCCGAAUGAUGGUAGCGGUGCGCUACGUGGGGGCGAGGUUUCUGGAAGUUCAUCACCGAUGAAGUCGACAUCUUCGUCAAGUUACAGUCCCAGGAAACCGAAUUACAGUGGGUUUCACAAUACGGCCGACAGUUCCACUUUUCCAAGGGCAACUGCAGCUGCAAUAAAUUCGAGCAAUUCACCAAGUCCGCGGAAGAUGCACCUCGUCACCAACGCGCAACAGAGGCCGAAAAGCAGUAGCAGUUCUUGUUCCACGCGAAAAAUGCAGCAGAAACACCACAACUUGCAAAACAAACCGUCACCCCCCGUGAUCUCCCUCGAUCCUCGCUGCCUGGCCUGCAGCGGGCAAUCGACACAAAUUCUGCAGGGCUUCAAAAUGGCGUGUCUGCACUACAAGCCGAGCCCGGUGAAGUGGCGGCAGAAUCAGUACACAAGAUUAGGUCUGUUGGAAAUAAACCGACAGAUUUUGGCUAUCACACAGAAAAAAACUGGCAGGUCAUAUUUGUAAUGCAAAAAUAAAUAGACAAGAAAACUUGUAUAGCAUACCCGAAAUAGCAUGCUACGAGGUCGCCCAUGACAGAUUUUUCUGUGUAUUUAUUUUUGCAUUACAAAUAUGCCCUGCCAGCUUUUUUCUGUGGGAUAUUGGCGCAAGCACGAACGGUGGCGGAGGCGUGCUGUUUCUUCGACAAUAGUACGCAACAAAUAUUCGGCGAUGGUCCAGGAGCGUGGGCAACGUCAAGCUCAUCGGCGUGUACCAUUCCGAGCUUGACCACAGGCGUGAUACCGGGGGGCAGUUUGGGGGGUAUUAACCGAAGCGGAAACGAGACUCGUGAACCUCUACCGCGUGGGGGAGGAGCGGGUGGCGCACAUCUGCACGACCGCCGACCGGCAGGUCCUCCGGGCAGUCUUGUUUUGACAAAUCAGCAUCCCGACGAUUUUGAAUUUGGAUCAACACAGCAACCAAGCUGCGAAGCGGGCCCUGACUCAGCGCGGACGACUUACACAGGGCGUGCAUCGUCCGCUGCUAAACCGGGAGCAGUAGUUCUUGAGGGUCGAUCAUCGGACGGGUUUGGAGGUGGGGACUUUUUCACUAGUGAAGACUUAACAAGUACGGUCGCGCCCGAUGCCACCGGAACAAUUUUUCUUAGUGGUGGAACGGUCCUCUCCGGCACCGUUUUCAACUACGACCCCUCAGACGAAUUGGACCUAACCUCACGGCCAAGUACCGCCGCAACGACUACCAAAUGUAAAAAUGUCUGGGUCUGGAAACUUGUGAUGCUGGGUGGCAUAUCAUGAGGAAGCCACAACUGCUGGCUCAGCAUGAGAAGUUUCUGAGCUUCUAGGUGUUGCCUAUUCUGCAUGACAAACUCAUAAAGAAAGAACUUCGUAAAGAAAGAACUUCGUAAAGAAAGAAAGAAGCAAGCACUUCGUAUUUUGAAAGCGUCGCGCUUCGUAAAAGCACUUCGUUUGUUGGAGUCGCUACGUGAUGAAGCAGAUAGCUCAUGUAGAAAUAAGCAGCAGAUACUUCAACGCGUGCGCAGCUUGCGGGGGGGUGACUCCUGUGGUCCCCCCCCACUCGUUGCGCCUUUUUCCAAAACUGCAGGGACUUGCUUCCUUUUUUUUCCAGCAGUGGCUGGCGGGGUAAGAUCAAGGCCGGGGCUAGUGACAUUGUUGCAAAGUCAUAGGGCGCAGAGUCUGAUAGCAGUAGCACACAGCACCAAAAUACUUAGCCCAUAGCGUUUUCCGAAGUUCCUCAGUGGCUGCACCUCGCCUCUCUGUCUUAGUCAAAAACAUAAGCACAAAAUGGACUGGCGUAGCCGCGCACAUGCAUGCACGCGGAGGGGAAGAUGGAAUAGAAGGGUGGCGGCAACGCGGGAGCCAGGACGCAGCCCGGAUUUUAUCAAAAAGGUACGGCCUAAGGCCUCGGGAACGCCGAGCACACCCGCGCACUUCUUCGUGAAUCGCCCACCGCUUUUUUUGCGUCAGCUGUGUCGGAAUAAAAAAAAAAAAGAAAAAAAGAAAAGAAAGAGGACGCAACAAAAAAAAAAAAGAAAAAAUAAAAAGAAAAGAAAAAAGAAAUCAGCGAAAACCGACCGGCGUACGAAUUGCCUAGCAAAAAAAAAAAAAUUCUGCAUGACAAACUGCGUUUCUGCAUGACAGAAAAGUGGCGCUCUUUGGUAACGUGCAUGACAGAUUUGAGAGUCAUGCCAGACACGCAUGACAAACAUGGACUCUUCCAGACCCAGACAUUUUUACAUUUGAUAACGACUGUCGCAACCCGACCGGGUACGGCGAGACGACCGAGCACCGCUGGAGGGCGGCCAAGCACUGCCGGAAGGGCCGCCAGUACUGCAACGCCGACCGUUACGUGGGCGGCUGGGGAGGGGAAUGAAGAAAAUGCAUGAUUCAGCAGUAGAGAACAUUCGUUGUGUAUUGAAGUGUUGCGUCAACAUACAUCCAGCCUUGAAGUGGAGUCUCACUGAGUUCUCUAAAAAGCGAGACUUCGUUCAUUGUGACCAGCAUGAGUCCUGUUUCCAUACAGUUUCAGUUUCAUCAAGAGCGUAAAGUAGCCAAGAAAAAAAACCAGAAAAAUGCACACAGAAUGAUCUAGCACUAUUGCACAAGAGAUGACAGUUUCAAAAGUUUCAUCAUCAAGUAAUGAACGGACACGACUCCUCGAUGCUGCAAAGUGAAAGCGAUUGACAAUCAAAGCGUAAGCGAAUCGCGUUCG